AACACAAGCCAGGCUUUAUCCUGCUUGUCUGUCCCACUCACUUAGACCUCACAGGAAACCUACUCCCCUGGCCAUCACACAUUAUCACUUACCACACUUUUUACUCUCGCACACAGUCCCACCGGCUUGCUGACCAGAGAGGAUGGCUGCACCCAUGUGGAGAAUGAAUGGGCUCUGGAAAAGGAUGGCUGGAGUUCUGGUGCUCUGCGCUCUAUUGCUCAGCACCUGACGUGAAGUGUGUUGGAGAGGACAUCUUAGAUGAAUUUAUCAUGAGUAACGUGGCAACAACUAAUUGUGAAGAAACUAAACGCAUUAUUCAGGAGAAUCCUGCAGCCUGGUGCCAAAAACAAAACUGUCUUCUAAAAAUCUUUCAAGAUGGCAACUCGAUGAAGUUGACCAGUGAUGAUGCUCCAUUGCCUUCUAUGCUAAACACUCUCCAGAGUACUCAUUUGAAAGACCAGCUGAAUGCUACAAAUGCUGUUGUGAACCCAUCAUCAUCAUCAUUAUCAUCAUCCGGUUCCUCUGUGUUUGUGGGAAUACUGGUCUCUGGUUUGCUUGCUGCCCUUGCAAUUACUGUAGGAUACUGCAAAUGCCAGCGCAGGACUGACACCAAGGGAGUAAGGCUGGCAGAGGAGGCCUAUCCAGUAGAUCAGGAGAACCAGGGGAACACUCUUGUGUCUGUGGCCCCCCUCAACCCCCCUCCAGAAACCCAGGAGAAACCCAGUGUAAAUGGAGAGUCCCCCGAGGCAGCCAAGACCCAGCCUCCUCCUCCCACCAACGGCCACUCCACCACCAAGACAGCAGACACCGAGCUGUGAAACAGUCUACAAAUAACCUCUGCACAGGAAUUACCCACACAAACACACACAUACACACACACGUAUAUACACAUGCCUCUGCAAACUCACCUCCCUUCCUGAAUCCACACCUGCCCAACCACAGAGUGUCCUCAGCAAAGUGGACAUCAGGGACUAGACCAAUGUCCUACAUCCACUCUCUUCUUGUUACGCUCCUUUUGGCUAUGUGCCUCAGUACACAUCAGGAAAACUAGUCUGAUGACGAUGAUGGCGGUGAUGAAUUAUGUCAGUGAUGACGAAGGCUCAGUCCCUGGGUUGUUGACGGCAGUCAGCCUGGGAACGAAAGACGGGUGAUUGGCAGUUCUGGGUGGAAAGAGAGUGUAUUUUAGCAUUAAUCAGCACUGGUUCCCAUGAUGACUGCAGCCUCUGGAGUCACAGCCAUAUGUGCUGUCAACACACCGCAGGGUCCUUGCAUGUCAUCAGGUUUAAAGCUCCCACCAAACCUCCACUAGUAAAACAGCAUAAGCACAUAAAUGAAAUAGUUUCUUAGUUUAUUUUAAAGCCAUGAAAGAAGAAGAGAAAAUGAAACACACUGCCUUAAAAUCUGUUUACAAACUACAAACUUGAGAAAAUCAAUUUGGCUCUGAUCUUGUUUGUCUGAUUGAGUUAUUGAUCUGUUGGUGUGCGAAUGUGUGUAUGUGUGUGUGUCUGCUUUCAAAUCCUGUGUGUGUGUCAACUUGCAUCUGUACUGUGCAUGGACUGUAUGUACAGUAUAUCCAUAUGUGCAUUUAAGCUUGUUUACUGUAUGUAUGUUUGGUUGAUGGCAAGUGGUAGAUUGAUGUUGAUUAAGUUUGUGAGUGAAUGAUGAGUCUCAAUGUGCAUGUGACAUUAGCCAUGAAAAGUGUACAAUUUUGUAAAAAUGAGUUGACAGAGUGAUGGCUCACGGACUUGCAGUUGGUCCCCAUGGUGAGGAGGAAAGAGUAUUAAAGUUUUAAUCACACCAUUUUCUUGAAGAGGUGUAGCUGCAAGGAAUUCUCUAAUCUAUCGUUGCAAACUGUGGUGAAAUCAAUUCCAACGCCAACAGGCGUCUUGACAGUGGCUUCAUUGUCACUGCUGAAAAUCAAGAAAGUGACCAACAGACUCAUAAAGGCCUCAGACACAGAGUUUCUUACUGUCAGCUCUGUCCAUUUGUCAGUGUUAUUCUCUUUUCAAUAUACUGUAUAUGCUCUUUUUACUAUCAUUAUUCUAUUGAGCGGUAUGUAUAGUAUUGUGCCUUUUUUUGGUAUUGUUUUUAUUACUUGUAUUGUUCCUUCUAUGUGCCAAAGGAUUUCGUUUCACAGCUUCUGUUCUACUAAAAUAUGUACCUCUGUGGCACCAUUACAAAUUAUGAUCCAGGUCAUACAGCAAAAAGAAAUAUGUUCAAGGGCUAUGACUGUUCCAAAAAAAAACAUCUAAUGGCACAGAUCUGUGAUUUUCUUGUUCCUGAGAUUAAAUACAAAAGGAAAAAUGCAAUGUUUUUUAAUUGAACUGGAACACAGAAAUAUUGUCUGAUCAAGUUUGUGUAAUUUCAUUGCUAACUAAUUUUAAUGUGACUCUUGUCAUUUUACUAGCAUCCUGUAGUUUAAAUUGGAUUUAACAUGAAAAAAUAAAAUGCAAAAAAGAAAUAACUUUU